UCAGUGUCAGAGUUCAGAGGGAAAAGGUCGUCAGAAACAUGGCUGCUCCCCUGGAUGACAUGUUUUCCUUCUGCGUGGACCCCGGCAAAGUCUCCACCUGCGUGGAUGUCCGAUUUAUAGACAAUAUCAAGGGCAAGGGUCUCUUUGCCAAAAAGAGCAUCAAGAAGGGAGAGGCCAUUUUUUCUGAGCGGCCACUGGUCUCUGCCCAGUUCCUGUGGAAUGCUUUGUACAAAUAUAAAGCCUGCGAGUACUGCUUACGUGCUCUGGAGACUGCGGAGGAGAAUGCGAAGAGACUCAGCGGCAUCCCUGGACUCAGCCUUCCUUACCCUGAGCUCUGCCGUGUUCGACCAGAGAAGCACCAAGCCUGCCCUCAAUGCCAGGUGAUGUACUGUAGCAGCGAGUGUCGACAAGCUGCGGCAGAUCAGUACCAUCGGGCUCUGUGUUUGGGUUCCUCUCAGGACGAUGCAGACCACCCCGUCAACAAGCUUAAAGAUGCAUGGAGGAGUAUGCAUUAUCCCCCAGAGACCUCCAGCAUCAUGCUUAUGGCCCGAAUGGUAGCGACAGUCAAACAGGCCAAAGACGAAGCGCACUGGCAGAAGCUGUUUUCUCACUUCUGCAGCCGGACGGGUAAUGAGGAAGAGGAGAUCGCCCAUAAGCUACUGGGAGAGAAGUUCAGAGGGCAGCUGGCCUUGUUACACAGCCUUUUUAAAGCAACACUAUAUGAUGACCAUCUGAGUCGGUGGUUUACCCCCGAGGGUUUCCGCUCUCUGUUCGCUCUUGUGGGAACCAACGGACAAGGCAUCGGCACCAGCUCCUUGAGUCAGUGGGUUCAUGCCUGCGAUGCACUUCAGCUUCCUGCCCAGCAGAAGGAGCAAUUGGACUCUUUUAUCGACCAGCUGUACAAGGACAUCGAGAAAGAAACGGGAGACUUUCUAAACUGCGAGGGCUCUGGACUUUUUCUGCUUCAAAGCUCAUGUAACCACAGCUGCAUACCCAACGCAGAGGCCUCUUUCCCAGACAACAAUUUCCUGCUUCAACUCGGUGCCCUUAGUGACAUCAGCCCAGGAGAGGAGAUCUGCAUCAGUUAUUUGGACUGCUGUCAGCGCGACCGAAGCCGUCAUAGCAGACACAAAAUUCUGAGGGAGAACUACCUGUUCGUCUGCUCGUGUCCAAAGUGCGUCUCCCAAAUGGAUGAGCUUGACGUGACUUCAGAGGAGGAAGAGGAGGAUGAAGGCGAGGCAGAAGGUGACGCGGAGGGGGAUGAGAUGGAAGACGAGAUGACGGAUGUCUGACGAAUGACUUGCCCAUAUUGUUCUGAGCCGUUCCCUUUCCUGCAACCACGAAGCCCUGAGGAAUUAAGACCAGUUCAAAACCCCAUCUGCAUUUCACCAGAACUGUCCACAUGUGCGGGAUAAUAUCUUGUCAUCGCUACGUUUCACUCAUCACGUGUCCAUUUAGAGAUAUCGGCCACAGAAAACUGUAAAGGCAGCUUUAGGGCAGUGGGAGGUUUUUAGUUGUUUUGGCUCUACUUCAGCACAAUGGUGGGUUUAAAUAAAACAAAGACUUUGACUUUCAACUAUCUGGGUUUGUGUGUAAAACGUUAAGGACUGGUAGGCCCACCAAAACUUGGUGCCUAUGUAAUAAAAGGGAUAACAUUUCUAAACAGUUUAUCCAAUGUGGACGCUGCUUUUUUAAAUCAAAACAUUCUGGCCACUUCUGGCUAAACAUAGCAGUCCAAAUUAGUAUAGCCUUUAACCAAAGAGUUAAAACUGCUGCCAGCAACAGUGCUGAGAAUAACAAAAAGACCAAAAAAAACAAAACGAUGAGCUGAAAGACUCUAAAAGGCUUGAAAGGGCUGAUGGGAACUGCAGAGGCUUGUAAUUAUUCCCUGCAGCUUCAUCACUACCAGCUCUGGUAUCACAGUCCCUUUUUUUUAAUGCAUUGUUAAUGUAAAAAUAUUGAGUAGAGCAGCUUUAAAUUAAAGCUGAAAGUCGGUACUUAAUCUUCACAGCUGUUGUGUAGUUUGAUCCAAUGUGCUGGAGUACAGAGUCAAAACAAAACUGCCCCAAUCCUCGUGUCUGACCGUCAGGUCCACUAAAUCCAACUGUCAUCACUUCUUGUUGCUGACGACUCAUGAACAAGGCAAAGUGAUUAAGCGAAGGUCAAAUGGUUCUCCGUGGUUUUCUCCACUUAAGAAGUUUCUUACAUGACUAUGCAUUACUGUACUGAAGAGGCUUUUUUUAUUUAUAUUCUGCUCUGUUCUGUAAUUACAGUCUUGUCAUAUGGGAGACAUCCAGCCAGUGAAAUAUAGUUUGGUUUUCAUACAAUGAUCUAUGGGGUUCAGUUAAACCUUACUUAAUGUAUUGUGGAGACCUUGAGUUGAAAAUUGCUUUGUCAGUAACUGUUUGGCCUUUGUUGAGAACUGUAUUUCAAACCGCAGUUCCACAUGAGUGAAAUUGCUGCGGCCCACACAGGAAUCAAUAUUACAACAGUGACUGUAAUCACAAAUCCCAAUAUUUUCAGUUCCUCGACAGAGAUUGGAAAUAUUGAAUGAGUAAUCCCAACUUUCUCAGUUGGCAUUCAGCGCAGUGGCCCAGGAGAACGAGUAAGUGACACAAGUAUGAUUUAAAAUGUUCUAACGGGAGCAUAGCAGUUGUUGCUUACUACUCUAGCAUAAAGCAUUGCAAUUGGA